UGCAAAGCUUUUCGCCAUGACUGAACUGGUUUGAACUCUGGAUUGGUUAUAUAAAACAUGAUUUUUCCUUUUCUUCUGGCAGCUCUAUCUCUCUUGCUUUCUGUCGUUUACAAGCCAUCUGAAUUUAACGCAGAGGCGUUAUUAGAGCGUCAGCGAACUGUGUUGCCUCCACGCAUCCUCCUAUUAACCGCUCAUCCUGACGACGAAUGUUUUUUCUUUGCGCCUACCAUUCUGGCGCUUCGGCGAAGUAACCUAAGGCCGGAAAUCUUCUCCUUAUGUUUGUCCAGCGGAAAUGCUGAUGGUAUCGGGGAACAAAGAAAGGGAGAACUUUGGCGCAGUUUAGACAUCCUCGGAGUUGAGGAAGAAAGACGUUGGAUUGUUGAACACCCACAGUUGCAAGAUAAUAUAACGCAGGAGUGGGAUGCAGAGAUUAUUGCGGAAGUCCUUCGACCCUAUGUAAUCGAGCACCACAUCACGUCUGUUCUGACUUUUGACACCAAGGGGAUAUCUUUGCAUCCCAAUCACUUUUCGCUCCCAUUGGGUGCAUCCCACCUCAUCAAAUCCCUGUCAUCUUCCUCACAUGCAUCUGUGCCACGUCUCUUCAGUUUAGUCACAGUGCCGGUCCUUCCAAAAUACACUGGGCUAUCUUACGCUCUUCUUGCUCGACUUCCUGUCGUUUCCCAAGCUUUUUUGGCCUUUAAGCCAAUGGUGGAUCCACUCCCUGUUUUUAUUUCAGGAAUCCCAGACUAUCUCACAACUGCAAGGGCCAUUCUAGCGCACGACUCGCAGAUGGCGUGGUUUCGCUACUUGUACAUGACGUUUUCCAGGUAUAUGUGGGUCAAUGAAUGGGUAGAGUUCAAGACCCAGGAGUCGUGAAACGCACUUGAUACUACUAGUAGUACCACAUGUAAUAGUUUAUGAGCGCCGAUGUGCGUCAGCAGGUUGUCUUAAUACGUCUUGGGACCAUAAUAUCAUUGGACCAACAUUGGUCUCAUAAAUUGA